AUGUCAGUCAAGUGGUUUAUUGGCAUGAGCUCCUUUACGUUAACCUCGACCGCAAUUUUCACAAAUUUUCUGAUCCUUCCACCAAUUCUAAUACUGGGGUUUUCAAACAAGAAAAAUGCGACCUAUGUGAUUGCUUUCUUCAAUAUCAUAUCCGAUCUGUUGAUGCUCUCCGUGAACUUUCAUUUUUCCGCUUCACUUAUUGCUGAUAGAUACAUCUUGUCUGAAGAAAGAACAAGCAAUCUUAGUGUAUUCUUCGGAUGGGUGUUUUUGGUAGGCUGGUUCAUGGAAAGCCUAAUACAACCAGUGAUGGCAGUCAAUAGAUUCACCGUAAUCACACUGAACCGGCAAGACGUGUUCACAUUCUACCGUACAAUUUUUAUCUUCAUCCUAAUCAUUGCAGUGGCUUCAGCCGCAGCCACGUUUUCACAGUACAUCUUCCCAUGUUGCAUAUUUGUUGGCGAUAUUUCAAUAAUGUCGUAUAUGGCUGUCACUAUUCCAAAUGUGUAUUCAUACUCGAAGCUUAUCAUACUCUCAUUUGACUUGUUUUGCACAGGGAUUUCAACGGUUUGCUAUGCGUCAGUUUUCAUCACCAUCCGAAACGCGAGCAAGGGUAUUGAAGACGCUGCAAACAGCAAAAAGAGAAAACAAGAUACCAGAUACCUUCUACAAUUUGUGUUCAUCUCAGGUUUUUAUAUCGCUGCUUGGUCUCUAUUCUACGUUUUGCCGUAUAUAGUGCCAGCUGACAAGCCGAUAUUUUACACCGUGGUUCCAUUCUUCAUCACUCUCAACGGAUCUUCCAACUCGAUCAUCUUCCUUACUUAUAACACAGAAAUUCGAAAAUUUCUUAAAUUUUCGUCUCUGCGGAAUAAAGUGGCAAGUACCACUCAAAUUGCUUCAGUAACAGCUCCCGCUUAA